CAAUUUGGCAAAAGGGGGCCAUGGCUUCAGCGGUUGCAUGCAGAGCUCUGGGCAAAUGGGAAGGGGGCGCCUCAUGCAGGCAGAUUGUCAGCAGCAUUCAGCAGCAUUGCGAACAUGGCGGCCAAGGACCUUCCUCUCUGAGCUUGAAUGUUCAACCAGGUCCGUACAGGUCUCCAACAGAUGUUAUCUAGGCCGCUCGCGCAAGCUCUCAGGUCCCCGUGCUGGUCCUGCAUGGCGGCCACUCUGGUGGAACGGGUCACUAAUGGUCCCGUUCCUAUGCCUUUGGCUCAAUCAGGCAGACGACUUCAUUCUGCAGCCACGUCUUGGCCUCCGUGGGAUCUGCUUGAAACGUCCAUUCUUGGUAAAAGGCAACAAGCAAGUUGGAAGAAGGUUUUGCUUCCGCCACUGCUGUCUCUGAGCACAAGUCUACCUACUUGUUAUUUAGAAAGAACGAAAGGAAAGAAGGAUUUACAUGUAGCUGGGAGGGCCGGAGUGCACAUGGCAGCCUCAGGGGGGAAUGGGGAAAGCACCACAAAACCAAAGGUAUACUCCACCCCCAUCAACUUCUGUCCAUCAUGUGGAGGACAAGUUUCAAAGCAGGUUCCUGAAGGGGAGGUUGAAGAGAGAGCAGUCUGUACCCAGUGCCACAAGGUCCACUAUGUCAAUCCCAAGAUGGUGGUAGGAUGUGUUGCGAGCUACGACAACAAGGUCCUCUUGUGCAAGCGCGCCAUCAAACCUUCGUUGGGCCUCUGGACCCUCCCCGCGGGUUUCAUGGAGUUGGGAGAGUCGGCAGCAGAGGGCGCCGCUAGGGAAACGCAGGAAGAAGCGCUGACAAUUGUUCACAUUGUGGCGCCAUAUGCGCAUCUCGACAUUCCCCUGAUAGGACAGAGCUACAUAAUAUUCCGGGGCGAGCUGGAGAAGGCGGACUUCAAGCCAGGACCAGAGUCGCUCGACGUCCGAUUGUUUGCGCUGGACGAGAUCCCCUGGGACUUGCUGGCGUUUACAUCGGUCACCGUCGUGCUGAAAAAGUACAUCGAAGAUAUCGAACGAGGGGCGUUUGGAGUUCACCACGGGGUCAUCGAGAAAAAGCCUGGAUCCAGUCCCUCCGAUCCUGACGGCUACGUAUUACGCGACCACAUGGUCGUGCCUGGCCCGCGAUGACUUGGAACCUCUUUUUCUUGUAGCUCCUUAUCAUAGAUAAAAGCAGACCGUCUGGUACGUCAUCAUGGCAUUCUUGACUAGCGAUUCAACGUCUCCCAUACAUGCGCACGGUUUCCAUAUUCUCGUCGGAAGUUCGCAAUUGCUGGUCAGCCUGGACCACAUGUCUGCCUCCCCAUUCUAGGCUUCCGGCAUUGAACUUAGUCAUGCC